UCGAGACUCGAUUUGUCUCGCUUGAUACGAAAUAUAGAAAGGAGAGAUUUUGUAGUUUGUUGGGAUGUGUCGAGUAUUGGGCGUUUUUUUCUUGUUCUUUGUCAUUCUUGUCCAUUCGGAAACACACUUUCCAGCCAAAUCUUCCGAACGAAAGCAAGGACAUGAGCUUAGUAUCGAAGCUGAAGUGAAUGCUGAUGGAAGCAGUCGUACCGUGUCCAGACCUUUUGACAAAAUUCACACCCAUUCAAUUGUUCAUAACACAUUUUCAGCCAAAUUCGAGCAGGGCGAAGAGGAAGGUGUGAGGAAGGUGAUGAAUCCUCACUAUCGAUUGGUUUUGGCCACAACAUUUAUUGAAAUAAACUCCCCAGAGAAGGACGAGAUCCAGCGAAACACUCUACGAAAUCUGAUCGCUCUGGGUCCAAGCGUGCGAAUCGUCGUGUUUGCGACCUCCGAUCAGUACUUCGCCGAGUUCCACAACGACGUCGAUUUUGUGCGCGAAAUGAAGUGCAAUCGGUACGGAACGCCGAUCUUCCGGUAUAUGAUGAUGCACAUCGAAACUCACUACUCCUUUGACUAUUAUGGCUACUGCAACGGCGAUCUCCUCAUCCACUCUUCUCUCCUCUCUGCUCUUGACUUCGUUUCAGGUCAGAUCGAGAAGGGUUUGCUGGACCAUCGCGUGUUUCUGGUGGGUCGCCGCACCAACAUUUUCGCUCCAUUUCCGCAGCUCUCUCGCUCUCAACGCGCACAGAACGAUGCGAAAAUCGCCGACUGCGCCAAGCAGGGCAGUCUUUUCCAAUCGGACGCGGAGGACUAUUUCGUGUUUACGCAACACACAUUCAAUUGGCAGUUCAUCAAAGACGUGGUGAUCGGCCGGCCCGGCUACGACAACUACCUCGUCAGCCAAGUGUACCACAACCGAACCAAGAUUUCCUUUCUCGACAUCACGAACGCGGUGGUCGUGGCGCACCAAACCGACGCGGACGGCGUCAAAGCCGGCCAUCGCAAAACAAAAGACCGAUUUUACAACAUGAAACUCAUCAAACGCGACUGGAAAAAGGGACGCAUCGAGUACAGCGACUUCGUUCUCGAGCAGUUCCCCGCCGAUUCCUUCGCUCUGCGGAGGCGUUUCUACGUCCCGGACGUUUCAUUCGACGACUCGUUUCUGCUGGAAGAGCUGGGCAUUCUGCGGAGAUUCGUUCGGCCAUCCGACGUCUGCGUUGAACUGGCGUCGCGCGUUGUGCGAGGCGUCUUAGCCGAGAUGUGUAGGAAGCUGUAUGUUGUGGUAUAUCGCGAUUCGUUCGUUCCGUUGCCGAUUGAUCGGGGUUUGAUCGUAGGGAGAUGAAGGUGUCGUUCGAUCCCAACAAGGUUCAGAUUUUGUUUGGGGGUGCUGAGUAUUUGUAGGAGUUUGGUGAGUUCUUGUGUUUUUUCGUAGAGAGACGGAAUUUGAAGAGCGACCCAUUUCGACAUCAAAACAGUUUGCUGGGUAUUUGGAGGCGCUGGAUCGGAUUGAAGAACCGGUUGAUGUUGUAAUCGAUGAUGGAAGGUGCAGACCGCAAGCAGCGGACAGAAUGCGAAAGCAUCUGCGAGAAAACGGAACCCUUGUGAUCCGCGGCGAUCGCGCUCAUUAUAAAUUCAUUUCUUCGUAUUAUUCGGUGGUAGCAAAGUUUUCUUCCACCAUGUAUCCUGGAAAAGAGUUUUCGGGAAUGACUGUGUAUAGAAACGAUAAGGUAGAGAAGCAAAUAGAGUAUCCCAAGUGGUGGUAGCUGA